AUGUCUCAAACAUCAUCACGAAGAAGUUCAACGGCAUCAUCAUCGGAAGGAGGUGCUGCAUCGGUGCACUCCACAGCGAGUUCCACUCGAUCCAGAUCAAGCAAUAAAGCACCUGGAGAUCCAUUCAAGCAAGAAGAGUUUACAACCUCGGGAGCAGAAACAGACACAUCCGAAGUUCUUUCAACAACCGAUGACAAUCUAACGGAUAAGGAACAAGUAAUUCAAACCAGAACUUCUCCAGAAAGUAGAGAAAGUGGGCGAUCAGGGAAGAGCUUGAACAAGCAAUUUUCCAAUCAAGAGAACAAUUCUAUUUCGUCUCCGGCAAACUCAAAAGAUGAACAAUUGGUACAUGAUUUACCUCGACCCAAGUCGAACAAAUUUGCCAAAGAAAUUGAAAUUCAAACAGAAACUCACCCGGUGGAAUCAUACAUUGAUCCCAAGUAUGAAUUUUCGCAAUGGAAACUUCGAAAGAAUGUCGUGCAGGCUGCAGAUUUAAGAAACAAGAAGGAUAGUAAGGCUCAAACGAUUCAAUCGCAUUUCAGGAGGGACAAUGAUUGUCAAGUUUAUCUCAAAAAAGAAAAGGACACUCAAACGCCUAAAGAAACAGGUACCAAUCCAAUCAAACAUACGCGUUAUAUCAAGGGUCUUCGAGGUAACAAGGAUGCCAAAAUGACAGUUGUCGAAUUAAAAUUCGACCAGAAUUAG